UACUCUACAACCUUCUUUUCUAGUUCAAGCUUUCUAUCUCCUCUUAACUAAAAAUUCCAUAGUAACAAUCAUUUCAUUUCUCCAACACAUAGUUUUGGUUCCAAAUUCAAUUGGGUUAUAAUUUUUGGUCACUGUACUUAUAGUGGUCUAGUCUAGCCUACUUGAGAAGUGUAGCCACCAAAGCCGUUUUUUCUCUAAUUUGUUUGUUGGGUGUUUAAAACUGUGGCUAAGUUAAAAGAAUACGUUAUGGCUGAGGAAGAAGCCAAGAGGGCUGAGCCUCAACCGCCGGAAAAUCCACCUCCGGUAGCGGCGGAGGAGGAGAAGAAGAAGAAAGAAGAAGAAGAAGAAAAAGCUGAGAACACUAAGGAUGUUUGUGCUUCUGAGGAGAAGAGUUUGAGCCCAGUUCCAUCAGAGAAGCCUCUUCCUGCCCCUGCAAUUGUUCAAAAAAUUGCUGAUCCUCCUAUUGAGAAAAACACAGAAGUUGCAGUUGACAGGGAUGCAGUGCUUGCAAGAGUAGAAACAGAGAAAAGAUUGGCCUUAAUCAAAGCAUGGGAAGAUAGUGAGAAGACAAAGGCAGAUAACAAGGCAUACAAAAAAUUAUCUGCUGUUGAAUCAUGGGAGAAUAGCAAGAGAGCGGCUGUGGAGGCCGAACUCAAACAAAUUGAGGAAAAGUUUGAAAAGAAGAGGGCAGAAUACACAGAGAAAAUGAAGAACAAAGUGGUGGAAUUACACAAGGUAGCAGAAGAAAAGAGGGCAUUGGUUGAAGCCAAUAGACAAGAAGAAUUUCUCAAGGUUGAAGAGACUGCUGCAAAGUUCAGAGCUUCUGGCUAUUCACCUAAGAAAUUCUUUGCAUGCUUCUCUGCCUAAUCUAAUAGUAAACUUGUUCUUAAACAAACUUCUUUAAAGUUUAGUUUUGUUGUGUGUGAUCAAUUAAAUAACUUUCUUUUAUUUGAUUUGGAUGUUUAAACCUUGUUUCUCUUCUCAUAUAAUUUUGUGUAUAACGUGGAUAUUGGUUUUCACUUUUAAAGUACAUGUUAUGUUUAUGUGA